AUGGGCUCCGACAGCAGGCCUGUGUGCCAUCGCUGCGCGCAGAUCAAGCAGGCUUGCGACGGUAACCUGCCCUGCGCGCGAUGCGUCCGACUGAGCCUGCCCUGUAUGCCCCGAGAUGCCGUCAACACCAGCGACGCAUACCCGGGCUCCAUGGGCGACAUGCCCAAGGCCCGCAUUCGCCGUGUCCAGACCGGCUGCUUGAUGUGCAAGCGCCGCAAGAAGAAGUGCGACGAGACCAAGCCUCGCUGCGGUGAUUGUCGCCGCCUCUGUCUCGACUGCGCCUGGCCUCCUGAGCGCUCCAAGGAUAAGUCUCCGAGCCUGUCCGGACACAAGGACUCUCCCUCGGAGAAAAUGGGCAGCGAUCCCACCAUAAUCGAAAUCCCCAUCCGUCAAAGCCAGAGCCCUAGCCCGAGUUCAAGCAGCUCACCGCGCUCGAAUGGCAGCGUCAAUGGGAGAAGUAACAGCAAUGCGAGCAGCUACCACGCCGACGUCAAACCAAAGUUUGCCGUCAUCAAGCACGAUAGUUCAGCAUCGGAUGGCGAGGCAGUCUCCGACAAGGUCUCUUGGGACCUGUCUACAUCGCCUCCCACCUGGGUAGAAGCCUUUACUCCCGUCAGCAACGGCAGCGCCCACGAUGCCAUGGACCCCAGUAAUGGCACCCUAUCCGUCUAUAUUCCGCAACUACUACCCCAGCUCCAAACAACAAACGACCGCGCCCUGAUGAACCAUUACUCCACAAUAGUCUCUUCCAUACUCUCGAGGAGGAACUCGACCAACAACCCGUACAACCAUUACCUCCUUCCUAUGGCCCAGGGCAACGACCUUGUCCUUCACUGCAUUCUCGCCUUGUCGGCGAACCACUGGCGCAAGCUGCAGCCGUCUCUCGGCAGCAGAGGGCUUUAUCACCAGGGCAAAGCAGCAUCGGCACUAGCCCAACUGCUGCCGCAUGUUGACAAGCAGAGCGCGGACAUUGCUCUCGUAGCAAGUCUACUGCUCUGCAUGACUGAGUUGUUCGAUGGAACUAGUGAAGGGUGGAAACUGCAUCUCAAGGGCGCCAAGCGACUAUUGAUUACCCUAAUGACACAGCAGGGCGAAAUGUUAACGGGCCACUACAAGUUUCUGCUGAGACUGGCGCGAUUCCUCGAUUCUGCCGCCACCACAUCCACUUGCCGACCGCCCCUGAUUGGAGAUGAGGAAGCCGAGGCCGCCGCACUCAACCGCUUAUCGUUUAGUCCUGACGAAGAGGACAGUGCAGUCUAUGGCAUCCCCAAAGAGCUCUUCCACCUCCUCGAUCUUGUCAACACACUCGCAGACAAGCGCAAGACGAGAGUGGAUCGCGCCUCCGAGGCUGCGUUCCGCGAAGAGGCACAGCAGGUAGAGGAGCGCAUCAACCAUUGGUCGUACGAAUACGGCGGCAUGUCCCGCGCCGUCUACUCCAUGUCUCCCAGCAGUGAUGACGUGCUGCACGCGGCCGUGGCCUUUGAGAAUGCCGUCCGCCUGCGUCUGCACCAGGUUGUCGAGGGGUACGAGCUCACAGAUCCCAAGGUCGACCAGUGCGUCGCGGGCAUCCUCGAAGCCGUGCAAAAGAUUCGCUACGGCAGCCCGCUCGAGGCGUGCGUGCUGUUCCCGCUCGUCAUGGCCGGCGGCUCGUGCUCUAAAUACGAGCACAGGCUGAUUAUUCAGGAUCGUCUGCUCGUCAUGGAGAGGACGUGCGGCUUCGGAUACGUCUUUAAUGCAAGGGAUCUUGUGGAACGUGUCUGGUCGCGACGAGAUGAUACGGCCGGCACCGGCGCGAUUGUCAACUGGGCGCGUAUCCGGUACGAGGAAAUGCAUGGGCUGGUUGUCUUUUAA